UGGCGGAGCCGCCCCGUCGCUCGGGCGCAUCGCGGUCGCCAUGGCGCUGUGCGGCCGCUCCGCGCUCCUCCCGCCGCCCCCGCGACACCGGCCUCGGCCCCGAGCCCCGGGGCCCUUCGUCAGCUGCAGCCGCCUCCGAAAUAUUCAGACUAUUCUGACACAGAGCAGCAAAUCUCAGCCUGAUGGAAUCCUCUGCAUUUUAGGGAUAGACAGUCGAUACAAUGAAGGGUGCAGAGAGCUGGCAAAUUAUCUGCUCUUUGGUUUGUACAACCAGAACAACAAUGACUUUGAAAGGACAGGUUUUCCUGAAGAAGUUCUGGAUGAUAUAAUCAUAUUAAUAAAACCUGACAGCGUUCAUCUGUACUGCAACCCUGUGAAUUACAAUCAUCUUUUACCCUAUGUGGCACACUGGAGGAACUUGCAUUUCCACUGUCUGACUGAAAAUGAGUAUGAAGAUGAAGAAGCUGCAGAGGAAUUCAAGAUUUCCAGCUUUGUGGACAUGGUCAGGGAUUGCAGUCGCAUUGGGAUCCCCUACAGCUGCCAAGGCCACCUGCAGAUAUUUGACAUGUUCAUCGUGGAGAAGUGGCCGAUCGUGCAGGCCUUCGCGCUCGAGGGGAUCGGGGGCGACGGCUUCUUCACCAUGAAAUAUGAAUUAAUGGAUGUCAGUGCUGAUUUAUGGAAGACCUACAGCAAAAUGGAUCCUGUGUCCUUGGAGGAUUUGCUUUUUGAGGAUUUAAUGAUUUUUGAACACCAGUGGACCAACUUUUUUGCUAAUUUUGACACUGAAAUUCCCUUCAUUCUGGAACUCUCAGAAUCUCAGGCUGGGGAGCCCUUCAGAAGUUAUUUCAGCCAUGGCAUGAUCUCAAGCCAUAUAACAGAUAACAGCCCAAGCAGGCAGCCCUUUGUCCUGUUUGGCAGCCACUCCACAAAGGAAAACUUGAACACUGGGAACUUUAAUUUUCCAUCUGAAGGGCAUCUGGUCCGAAACACUGGCCCUGGUGGAAGCACUGCCAAGCAUAUGGUAGUGCAGUGUGUAUCUCCAAAGGGACCUCUGGCUUGUUCAAGGACCUAUUUUUUUGGAGCCACUCACAUUCCUUUCCUGGGAAAUGACAACGAGAUACACAAGCAAGCUGAGCAAGUUACGCUGUUGUCGCAAAUAUAUUCUGCUGUUGUAGAGGCUGUGCUUGCUGGCAUUGAGUGCUAUGCUAAAACUUCCACUGAAUCCAAGGCAAAGGAAGUGGCAGAGCAGGUGCUGCUGUCUGCGUUAGACUCCCUUGGCUUAGCACAGCUGAAAUCUGCUUUACGCUCCAAAAUUGCUUUUCAAAUCCAGGCUGUGAACAACCAUGGCAGAAUUACUCCAUUAGAUAAUGAGGACAGCCUGAGUUUAAUCAAAACGGCAUCCAUGAUGGUGUUUGACAUUCCAGACCUGCUCACAGGAAGAGGAUGCUUGGGAUCUGUUGUGUUUUCGGAGUCCUUCCUGACAUCACAGAUACAGGUCAAAGAAAAAGAUGGCAGCAUCCAUCCAAACUCCAGGCACGUUAUCCUGACUGCAGCUAUCCCAAGAUUUGCUUCCUGGCUGGUUGAAGACAGUGAUGUGAAACUCUCUGAAAAGGCACAGCAAGUAUUAAAGGAGGACAAAUCUUUCCUGGGCACUUUACUCACUGGGGGUGAUGGAAUUUAUAUCUGUUCCAGCAACCCACAGGCCACGCCUGCAGAAGGCAAACUGUAUUUCUUUUCUGAUGGAAUUCUGUUCUGUGAUCCCCACCAUGGCAGCAUUUCCAUUCCCAAGAACCACAUGAGCUCCAUUUCUCUCUAUGAUGGGGAUUCCAACAGCAUUGUCGCUGCUGUCUUUAUAGACUUCAAAAGUUCCCUGCUUCCUCAUCUCCCCAUUGAAUUCCACACCCAGAACAACUUUCUGAUGAUUGCACUUUUCCCCAAAAGAAAGAUUUAUAAAGCUUUUUAUUCACAGGUUUUCUCUUCAUGGCAUAACCAGACAAGCUCAGGAUUAUCUUUAAGGGUUGUCCCAGAAGAAUUCCUGUCUGAGGAACAAAAGAGGCUGCAUUCCAGUGUUCAGAAGCUCUUCAAUGCCUCUUUUGCUUCUGGGGAAAGAUGCAGGGAGCUGAAACUGUCUGCUGCCAUUCCAGGAUUGGAGAGGUUUGUGCAGCACUUCACAGUCAGCAGUGUCAGCACCAAGCCAGUGAUGAGGACACAUCUUCCUGUCCUUCUCCAACAGUCAGAAACCAUUUCUGACAGCAAAGCAGAAGGUGAUAAGGUGAUCAUCACCAUCCUCACUGGGCUGCCCGGGUGCCGUUCCAGCGACCUCUGUUCUUUCCUUGUUACUUUCACCAAGGAGCAUGGGAGGUGGAUUGUGUAUCGGCAGACCAUGGACAGCCCGCAGUGUUUCAGCGCCUCCCACUUCCAGCGCUUCCUGACCGGGCUCCUGGAGGCCCAGCAGAACCUUGGGGUCCAUCAGUCCACCCUGAAGAGCACUGGGAAGCCCACUGGGAAGAACAACAGGCUCCUGGUGGUGCUGCAAGGGUACACUGAUGUUAUUGAUGUUGUGCAAGCUCUGCAGACUCAUCCUGACCCAGAUGUGAAAUCUUCUUUCAUCAUUGGAACAAUCAACACCUGCGUGGAGCCUCUGAGCUGCUACAUGGAACACAGGCUUCUUUUUCCCAAGUUCUUGGACCAGUGUUCACAAGGACUGGUGAGUAAUGUGGUUUUCACAAGUCAUGCCACAGAGCAGAGGCACCCACUGCUGGUGCAGCUGCAGAACCUGAUCAGAGCAGCAAAUCCUGCAGUUUCCUUCAUCCUGGCAGAAAAUGGGAUUGUAACAAGGAAUGAGGAUAUUGAACUAAUUCUCUCAGAAAGCAGUUUUUCAAGUCCUCAGAUGAUGAGAGCUCGAUAUUUAAUGUACCCUGGCUGGUAUGAGGGCAGGUAUGGGGCUGGGCCCGUGUUCCCUCCCAUGGUUCAGAUCUGUGUGUGGUUCAGCCGCCCUCUGGAGAAAACAAGAUUUGUCACCAAAUGCAAAGCAAUUAAGUCGUUGCUCAAGCCAAGUCCUUUUUCUGGAAACAUUUAUCACAUCAUGGGCAAAGUGAAGUUUUCAGAUGCUGAUAAAGUCAUUGAAGUGUGUCACAACACAGCAGCAAAUUCCCUCAGCCUGGUGCCUGUUCCAGAGGGGCCAACUCCUCCUGAUUCCAGAAAUGAUCCCAGAGACUGCAGCAGUCAACAGGAAUAUUUCCUUGUGUUCGUUGGCUGCUCCCUGAAGGAAGAGGAUAUCAAAGAUUGGCUCAGAGAAACUGCAAAACAGAAACCUCAGAGGAAAGCCCUGAAAACCAGAGGAAUGUUAACCCUUCAGGAAAUCAAAAACAUCCAUGUGAAACGCCACUUGGAUCCACUCCCAGCUGGUUAUUUUUACAAUGGGACUCAAUUUGUGAAUUUUUUUGGUGACAAAAUGGAUUAUCAUCCAUUAAUGGACCAGUUCAUGAAUGAUUACUUGGAAGAAGCCAACAGGGAAAUUGAGAAGUACAACAGGGAGCUGGAGGAGCAGGAGUACCACGACCUCUUUGAGCAGAAGAUUUAAGCACGUGGAUCCUGAGUGUUCCUGUCCUUAUGUCAGGAACCAAAAAUGCUGUUUUGUCCUUCUGGCUCACAAGAAAUCGAGUGAAAUGUCUGUUUUCAGCACUCCUUCCCAAACUAAGGGAUUGUUCCCCUAAGGUUGGCAUUUAACAUGGUAACUGCUUAGCUGUUCGUACUGUCAGGAUUGCUUCCACUUCACCUUAAUUCCAGACUGUCCAAAGCAUCACCUGGAAUCUCUGGCUUGUGGUGGAAACGUGGGAAAAAGAAGAAGAAGGAGGAGAAAAGAAGCAAAACUGGAUUUAUUUCCUUAAAAAGGUCAGAAUGUAAUUGUGGAAUUGGGCCAUGGUGCAGAUAUCAAACAAUCCCUGGGUGUCCCUUGGACAUCGUUGCACAGGAGCAUCGAUGGUCAGGGGGGACUCAGGAUGUGGGAUUGGGGUUCCCAAAGCGAGAAAUGGGGGAACAGACUCGGGAGAGUCCCCAGUCCCAGAACUCUUUGGGUGUUCCUGAAGCAAAAAAUGGGGGAAUAAUUAAAAAAAGUAAGAGAGUCCCUAAUGCCGCAGCUGCUGGGAUGUUCCCGAAGCAAGAAAUGGGGGAACACUUUCUUGGAGUCCCUAAUCCCACAGCUGCUGGGAUGUUCCCAAAGCGAGAAAUGGGGGAACACGGGGAACAACCCAGAAAAGUCCCUAAUCCCACAGCUCUUGGUGUGUUCCCAAAACGAGAAAUGGGGGAACAAUGGGAAGAACUCAGAACUGAGUCCCUAAUCAACAGCUGUUGGGGUGUUCCCUAAGUGAGAAAUGGGGGAACAGUGGGAACGACUCAGAAGAGUCCCUAAUUCCAGAGCUGUCAGGGUGUUCCCAAAGCUCGAAAUGGGGGAACAAUGGGAAAAACUCAGAAUUGAGUCCCUAAUUCCACAGCUCUUGGUGUGUUCCCAAAGCAAGAAAUGGGAGAAUGGUUCAAAAACAGAAUCUCUGAAUCUUCAGCUGUUGGGAUGUUCCCAAAGCGAGAAAUGGGGGAACAUUGGGAAGAACUCGGAAUUGGAUCCCUAAUCCCAGAGCUGUCAGAGCAUUCCCAAAACGAGAAAUGGGGGAAUGGGAAAAGCUUGGAUGAGCACCUAAUCCCACAGUUGUCAGGAUGUUCCCAAAGUGACAGAUGGGGAAACAAUGGGAAAAACUCAGAAGAGUUCCUAAUUCAACAGUUCUUGGUGUGUUCCCAAAGCGAGAAGUGGGGGAACAGUGGGGAUAACUCUGACGAGCCCCUGAUCCCAGAGCUGUUGGUGUGUUCCCAAAGCAAGAAAUGGGAGAAUGAUUCAAAAUUUAGAAUCCCUGAAUCUGCAGUUGUUGGGAUGUUCCCAAAGCGAGAAAUGGGGGAACAGUGGGGAAAACUCAGAAUUGAGUCCCUAAUCCCAGAGCUGUCAGAGCAUUCCCAAAGGGAGAAAUGGGGGAAUGGGAAAAGCUUGGAUGAGCACCUAAUCCCACAGUUGUUAGGAUGUUCCCAAAGUGACAGAUGGGGAAACAAUGGGAAAAACUCAGAAGAGUUCCUAAUUAACAGUUGUUGGGAUGUUCCCAAAGCGAGAAAUGGGGGAACAGUGGGGAAAACUCAGAACUGAGUGCCUGAUCCCACAGCUGUUGGUGUGUUCCCAAAGCGAGAAAUGGGGGAACACUUUCCAGAGUCCCUAAUCCCAGAGCUGUCAAGGCAAUCCCAAAGGGAAAAAUGUGGAAACAGUGGGAACAACUCAUAAAAGUCCCUAAUCCCAGAGCUGUCAGGGUGUUCCCAAAGUGAGAAAUGGCAAGAACUCAGAAUGGAGUCCCCGAUCCCACAGCUUUCAGAGAGUUCCCAAAGUGAGAAAUGGGGGAAUGGGAAAAGCUCAGAUGGGCCCCUAAUCCCACAGCUCUUGGUGUGUUCCCAAAGCAAGAAAUGGGAGAAUGAUUAGAAAAUGUAGAAUCCCCGAAUCUGCAGCUGUUGGGAUGUUCCCAAAGCGACAAAUGGGGGAACAAUGGGAAGAACUCAGAAUUGAGUCCCUAAUCCCAGAGCUGUCAGAGCAUUCCCAAAGUGAGAAAUGGGGGAACAUUCUCAGAGUCUCUAAUCCCAGAACUGUUAAGAUGUUCCCAAAGUGAGAAAUGGGGGAACAGUGGGGAAAACUCAGAACUGAGUCCCUGAUCCUACAGCUGUUGUUGUGUUCCCAAAGCGAGAAAUGGGGGAACACUUUCCAGAGUCCCUAAUCCCAGAGCUGUCAAGGCAAUCCCAAAGGGAAAAUUGUGGAAACAGUGGGAACAACUCAUAAAAGUCCCUAAUCCCAGAGCUGUCAGGGUGUUCCCAAAGUGAGAGAUGAGGGAACACUCCCACCCCCACCUUUGCCAGGGCUCAGCCCAUCUCAAACCUCAGCACAGUUUGAGUCUGCACGCGAAAUUCUGACUUUAAAGAAAAGCAAUUUAUACAUUUCAGGGUGAGAAAUCAGUGGAGAAAUCUUAAUUUCUUCCCAGUGCUCUCAUUGGGAUUCUGGAAAAUAUUUCCUGGCUGGCUGCAAUGUGCACCUUGCUUAGAUUAUCCCUGGAGGAUUCCUAUUGCAGUCCUAAAAAUGAGGCAAGGCAAGGCAAGGGGGAGAUUCUUCAGCUAAAGAAUUCCUUUUCAUGAAGAUAAAUGAUUUCCAAAGGUAAAAAAUAGCAAAGGAUAUUACUUGAAAGAGGCAGGAACUUGUUUGUGGAGCUUCCAGAGGAGUUUGCACGCUGUAACAUUUCACUGUGCUGGUGAGAAAUCAGCUUUUUAAAUACUUGCAACAGAUUUUUUAUAGUUCCUAAAUGAUAGAACAGGAAUGCUGGCAGCCUGUCCUGACUUAAUUCAGUAUCAUUUUAAAGGAGGCUUUAUAAAUCCCUGCCUGAAGGAUUCUAAAGUACCUUAGCAGCUACUUACAGGUAAUUAUUGGAGUUUAUUUGAAUAAGCAGAUUAUUAUAGCAUGCAUGUGUUCAGAAUUUAGGUGAGUGCAGCCCAGCAGGAAUUUUUUAUUUUCAUAUUCCUUUGCCUUAGGGACGGCUCAAUCUUUUACUGCAACUGCAGCUUUUCUUUCUGACCAGAUGUUUGUGAUACAGCAAGAAAUGGAAUGAAAAAUCUCUUGCAGGACACUUAAAAUACUUCAAAUGUAUCUGCACAACCUCAUCCCGAGGCAGGAAAAUGAGAUUUAACCCCUGCCAUCAAACCUGAGGCUGAAUUAGAGUUUAUGCUUUGCUAAAGAGCUCUAUUUUUUACCUUUGGAAUAUGAAAUAAGUGAAAUUUCAGUAACCUGAAGCACAUUUUAGGUGGUUUUGGUCUUCAUUGCUGGAUGCCUGUCCUGUGAGUGUUGCCCAGUGCAGAGGUGGAAUUCCAGGUGCUGCAGGCUGGGGUAGAAAUAUUGAUAAGGUUUCAUUCCUUGCUUUCCUCCUAGAUUUAAAAAGCUGUCUGAAUUGAAGACUUUAGUAUUUUAUUUUAUUUUUAUUUUUUGCACACCACGAGACUUUAUAUAAAAACUACUUGUAUCCUGUUAGAGGCCAGUAAAAGCCAGCAAUUAGUUUGUGUUUUUAGGCUUUCCUGGGGUAUUCCCUGGAUCACAAGUGUGGAGCAUCCUGAUAAAGCUCGUGAGUUUUAUCUAUGCAUGGCUAAAUUUUAGUCUUAAUAUCCUGUAGUGCCUGUAGAGCAAAGGUAGCUAGCAGUGGGUUUGGGGGGGGCUGCCAGGGGUUUACAACUAAAUCCAGUUGGUUGCAUGAAAUGAUUUCGCAGCCCAGAAUUUUUAGGAAUCCCAAAAUUCUGGCGGUGGCGGGGCUGCAAUGAAAAGGGGCAUUAGGAAAUGGAGCUCCGAUUGGAAUUGUUUUGCCAAUGAACUCAGUGUAAACCCAGCUGUUCCAGUCCCAGUUCUCUCACCUGCAAAGCCAUAUUUUUAGAGUAGUGGGAUGUGAUGUGGGAAGAAAUUCCAGUGGUUGGGACAGCAGGCACGUGCUGGAGGCUUUGUCUCAACUCCUGAGUGGAUACAGAGUAGAUUUAAGUGCAAUUGAUUGAAAAUAGAUGAAGAUGCUGUAGCUGAUUUUUGCUCUGCUGAACUCUUUUUAAGAACUCCAAUUUGUGCAGCUCUCAAAUCAAUACAGAUGGGGCUUGAUCCAGCUGGAAUUCCAAGCCCUGUGAACAAAAAAAAAUGGAAAUAAUUGGGUUGUGAGUGUGCAAAUUGAGGUGUUCCUUAAAAACUGGAGCAGAAGAGCUCGGAACAAAGGCCUAGAACCCUCCUGUGCUGUGCUGCAUGUGCUCUAUGGUCAUAGCUGUGUAUUACAAAGACCUUUCACCAGACUGGUACUGGCUCAAUUCAUGUAUUUUGGUAUUGAAAGAAAUUGAUUACCUCAAUUUUUAUCCUUUAUUUUUAAACUGUGACUUUCAACCAGAACAAAAUACAAAGAAAAAAAAAAAUAAAAAUACCGAAAUAGUGAAACUGUGACAAUGGUAUCCUUUAAAUGUAGUAGUGCCUUGCAGAUGACACCAUUUAUUCCCCAAAUAAAUGGAUGUCAGGGGUUGCACCACCCCCUUUCUUUUUUUAAAGGAAAAUAACGGUUUUGGUGAAAGGACUUAAAAAAAAUUUAACCUAGUGACAAAUAUUAGCACAAAUGGUUAAACUGUUUAAAAGAAAACUCUUUGAGGACUGAAAUGCCUGAUGCUGCUGCUGCUGUUGAAGAGCAGUUGCUGAUUUUUUGGGAGUCAAUUCUAACAAUCAGCAGUGCUUUUUGAAUUUUUUUUUAAUUUUUUUUUUAAGAAGAGUGUAACUUUUGUACUCUGGUCAGAGCUGUUUGUACUGUAUGGAAUCCCCAACCCAGGGGAUUUGGUGUCCUCACUCUUUGGAAGUCAGGGUGAGGAUGGAACUCGAGGUUUGAACAAUUUUUUCUACUGUAUAAUUAAAAAAAAAAACAACAAAAAAAGCACCAUUUCUAACCCACUGAUGUUUGGAUACAGCAAAAGUGCCAUUACACCUUUCCUUUUCUCUUUUAUUGUACUUGGGAAAAUUUGUGUCCAGGCAUUCCUGAGCUUGGGAAGUGCUGAAGAGUCCUCAAGGGGUUUCCACGCUUUGCUGACCUUUGUUAGCAGCUUGUGGUGGUGUUUUUUUCUUUCUCCUCACCGAGAAUGAGUGUGAUCAGAAGUUACUGAAGUUAUAGGAUUCAAAUGUGACAAACUUAGCAGGGGAACCUUUGCAACUUGAGCUGCUCUGCAAUCUGGGAGUAUUUGAAUUUGAAGCUGUGCAAUUUGGGAUUAAUCCAGUUUUACACUUUGCAAUUAACACACCGGAUUGCAGGGAGGAGUUGAGUUGCACGUGAGGGUUCCCUGAUAAGUUGGAAUUUUUUUUUUUAAAUUAUUGUUAUUUUUUAAUUGAAACUUGUCUGAAUUUGCACAGAUUUAAGCUCUGGAAUACUUUGGUAUUCUUGAAAAGGAAAAAAAAAAAUUGUGACUAGUAUAGUGAAUUGUGAACUGUGAGUUGGUAGAACCACAAGGUUGAUCUAAUCUUAGGUUGUUAAAAAUGUACCUCAGAAAGCUCGUGAGAAAUUGCUUCAUUUUUACCCAACAGCCAGAUCCUGGUGUAACACUUCUCACUUUACAAUGUGCCAAAAUUCACUUUUAUACUAGUUCUCAAUGCUUUAAUAUUUGCAAGUCUAAGUGAAAAACGUGUUAUUUACAAACACUACUGUAACUUCAGUUCAGCUGAAUGGUGUGAUUGAAGCUUUUUGCCUCUCGUAUUUAUUACACAACUUGAUUCAGUAAAUAUAAAAUUACCUUUCCAUUUAUUUUUGUAUUGUUUUACAUGUUUAUACCUGCAGUUUGUGUGACUUUUACACCUGUAACUCAGAUGUGAUGGAGAGAACCAAUAAACAGUAUCCAUCCAC